CAGUUGUGAUGGCAACAGCGAGGGUCAACACAACUCGAGAUGUGGCGGGGUGGCUCACAGAAGUCCUCGGAGGUUCCUCUGGUCACGAACCAAACAACGGCGCCGUCCUGGUGAAGCAACAACUCCCUGCGAAAUGUGCUCACGGAUUCAGAGGGGCCUUUGUGGGCGCUGAAGUGGCGUGCGGUGCAGACGUCCGCGAGGGAGACGGAGCCGCAGCAGCUUCAGAGGGCGCACCAGGAGGAGCCGCGAUGAUGAUGCUCGCACGGCCGCCACGGGGCCUCGCGCCUCUGCUGCUGCUGCUGCUGCUCUCUGUGUGCACGAGUGGCGUGCUCGACCUCGCCAGCGCAGGGGCGAUCAACCAGGCGCCGCAGCUGCUGGAGGAGCUCUCGCUGCUGGUGGAGGACGCGAACUCGAGCGACACGGAGCUGCGGGUGCUAACCGCGGGGGGCGGCGCGCCUCCACGCCGCUACCCCGCGCACCGCGUGCUGCUCGCGAUGCGCAGCCGCGCAUUCUCCGCGCUCCUCGCCAAUGGCAGCAGCAGCGGCGGCCUCCUGCACCUCACGCUCAGCCCCGACUGCGCCAGCGUGUUCAGCGCCUUCCUACGGUAUUUAUACACUGGGAAAAUUGUAGUCAACGUUGAGCAAGUGAUCCCUCUGUGCAUGUUGGCAUUAGAGUUCAAAGUGGAUUCUCUGCGACUCGGCUUGUCAAAGUUCAUGACGGAGAACCUGUGUCAGAGUCCUGUUGUGGCCUGGUACGAGUUCGCGGGGAAGGUCGGAGAUCAGAGCCUCGUGGCAAAGUUCAACCAGUUCAUCGCUUGGAACCUGUCCUCAGUCGUCAGCUCCCCGGAGUGGGCUGCGAUGUCUGGCGAACACCUUCACGGCUUGCUUCAGCGAUCGGAUCUGGUGCUCGACAAUGAACUGUCCCUCUUCAGUGCCGUGGCGCAGUGGAUCGAGAGAAACCAGCCAAACAGCUCCACUGCCGAAGCCCUCCUCAAGUCCAUUCGCUUCCCGAUGAUGACCCCGCUGCAAAUCCUGCAGCUGAAGACAGAGUCUCCGGUUUUGAAGAAGUACGAAUAUUCCAUCAAUCACCUGCUCGACCAGUCGUUUCAAUUCCACUCCGUAUCUCCCGUUCAGUUUGCCAAAUAUUUCGAUGUGAAGAAGGCCAUGUUCAUUCCACGCAACUAUCUCUCGCCGUCCUGGGGCACCCUGUGGGCCAUUCAGAACCCCGCUCGGGACGAUCGCAGCAUCGUUUUCCAGACGCAAACCAGCCCCAGCAACUUUGACUACGGCAAGAAGAUUUCGUGGAACGUCGUGUUUUCACCAAGGAAGCUGAAGCUCGAGCAGGGCGUGAUGCAGCAGCAGCAGCAUCAGCAGCAGCAGCAGCAGGGGUACCGGGGCUCUCAGAGCAGCGGAGGGCACGCAGACCUCAGCCCCAGGCUUCACAUCAUCCCCGCCUCGCCAACCAUCGGAGGAGCGGGCGUCAAGUACCAAAAGACGGUUCUGAUCGGGAGCAAGAGGCAGGGCCGGAUGAUCGUGAGGCAGAUUUCGAAUUUCUAUCAGAGCACAGAUGAGAUGGGGAACUUCUUAAAGGAUGCAGACAUCGUGAAGCGCUCCUCAGAGUACCUCGUGGAUAACGCCCUCCACCUCCACAUCAUCGUCAAGCCCAUGUACCAACCGAUCGUUGACAUGAAAUGAUGGCUUCACAAACAGCUGCCCUGGAGAGAGAGAGAGAGAUAGCGCCUCCUGAGAGCCGUGGCGCGAGUUACUGACGCGCCAUCCUGCAGGCGAGCAAUGCAGGAAUAGCAGUGAAUUAACAAAGUCAAUGACCCGUGCACUGACCACCCACGUGACCCCUUCUCACUUCCCCAGCAUGGCUUGCUGCUGAAAGUGGCCUGGAGACAAUCCGCGGAGUCGCUGUUGUGGUGGUGGUCGUGGUGGUGGUGGUGGUUGUGGUGGUGGUUGUGGUGGUCGUGGUGGUGGUUGUGGUGGUGGUUGUGGUGGUGAACGGGGUAAAUGGUUGCAGGCCUCGACAUCAGCUGGAGUCCAACGUCCCACAGAGGAGAAGGCCGCGCGUCUGCGUCGUCAUCGUUCAUUUGCGCUGCGAGCGUUUCUCAGCAGCACAAGAUUAAGCGUCAGUGAGAGCGCUCUCGAUGACGCUUCGCAACCGUGACUCACGACUGAGACUCACGGCUGUGGCUCACAGCUGUGGCUCACGACUGUGGCUCACGACUGUGACUCACGGCUGUGGCUCACAGCUGUGGCUCACGACUGAGACUCACAGCCGUGGCUCUUCACGACUGUGGCUCUUCACAAUUGUGGCUGACAACUGUGGCUCACGACUGUGACUCACAGCCGUGGCUCUUCACGACUGUGGCUCACGGCUGCCUUUCACCACAAGGCACCACGCAGGUGUUCGCGUGUCCCCGGAACGCGUCUCGCGAGAUCCCCCCCCCCCCCACUCCGUGCAUCCAUCCAUUGGUGGAUGGAUGUUGACUCUCAGUGCUCACCAUACUCGCAUCUAAUCGCGUGCUUACUCAACAAUAAUCGAUUAAUUGUAACAAUCGUGGCGAUUCUGCAAGUCGCUGCGGUUCGCUUGGAGCAGCUCUCCUGUUGUUAUUCUCGUGGCUCUGACACAGUGGAAGCUGGAUACAAGCACACGUUGCAGAAGCCACAGUUACAACAUCAGCAACGCAUGCUUACAGGACACUCGUGGAGGGAAGUUAAGACAACUUCGAAAAUAAGCAAAUACUUCGGAUAUAAGCACAGCUGGCCUUGCUCCCAAUGGGCCUGCUCAUCCGGGCGGCUGCGUUUCCACUGUCGACCAAACCCGAACAGAUUCCUCGGCCAGCCUGGGUCUGUCAACGCCGAGCGGUCUCCUGGAAGAGAGUUGCGCCGAGACCGCUACCAGGUCCACAGAUGCCCAAUCCCAGAGCGUCCGGGUCAGAGCGGGACAGGUGGCAGCCCCCGUGCUUGCAUCCAGCUGCGACUCGGACCAAGUCAGCGCUUCACGUCCCGUCUCUCCGUAUUAACCGCGCACUAACCCAGUCAAUAAAGACACGUG